AUGACCGCCCAUCUGCCCCCAACAGCCGGUGCGGGGGUUUCACCUCCACAGAGCGUCGAGUCGAUCACUCGCUUGGCUCAGGAUUAUGAAUACAACCCUUCCAUUCCCUUACGGUACUGGCUACGGACAGCCUCGACACUCAUUAGAGAGGCUCGCAUCUACGAACGAGAACAACACGAGGAACAAGCGUACCUACUACUGUUUAGACAUGCUCAGCUCGUGCUGGUUCAUCUGGCUGAGCAUCCAGAGGCCAAGGAUGAGAGUAAUCGCAAAGCCUUGGUGGAGGCGGAGAAACAGGUCAAACGAAACCUGAAGGUUCUCGAGACCUUGAAGCCUCGCAUAGCCAAACGCUACGAACGUUACCUCCAGUUGGUGCGCGAACGGCAGCACCGCGCCUCGGUCACAGCCGUCCCUCCAGACAUUCGGCGACAACUGCCUCAAGAUCCUGCGCUAGCCGGUGUUGCAAAACCCUUGGAGGCUGGAGAGAAUCGCGACCUGGCCGUGAAGCUGGCCCGCACGGAGAUCAGUCGCAGAGCCACGGUUCGCAAGGCCAUACGCCAGGCUGGUAUUUCUCCGGAGGAGGAGCAGACUCGUCGUGCAGCCGGAGUCUGGGGUGAUUGGGAACAUGCUUUACGCAAGGAUGCUGACGAUGACUUGAGCCAACGCAUUCACAAUGUGCGACUGAGGAUGGAGGGUGGUCCGCAGGCGGAGCUUCCUGCGCCGGGUAACACUAAACAUACAACGUCGUCCCGUCCGGCUGCACCAGGCAGCAGCGCGACCUACAAUUAUCCGAGUGUUCCCCGUCAACGGCCUGCUGAUAUUACCUCCACCUCCGUUCAAAAAGAGCUGCAUGGUCUCUUUCCGCCUGCUUCAGGGGUCCCCGCACUGCCACCUAAAGAACUGCCUCAGGACCAUGGACUGGACGAAAGGCCAGCGCCUCCGCCUCGUCCGGAUAUGCGCUCUCCAAUUUCCACACCGGCGUUGGCACCGGCAGUUCCUGCCAAGGUACGGCCAAAGUCGGAUAGUGAGACGCGCACCGACCUAGAUCCGUCCAGCUUCACUUUCAAGCCGUCUGCCUACCUGGAAAAUGGCACGCCAUUGCGGACUCUGUUCCUCCCGCCCGAGCUACGGACACACUUCCUGUCCCUGGCCGCACCGAAUACACAACGCAACCUGGAGACAUGUGGGAUACUUUGCGGUACAUUGAUUUCGAAUGCCUUGUUCGUAUCGCGGCUCUUGAUCCCAGAGCAGACCGCCACGUCAGAUACGUGUGAGACAGUGAACGAGACAGCUAUCUUCGACUAUUGUGACUCGGAGGAUCUAAUGGUGCUGGGCUGGAUUCACACACACCCAACCCAGACAUGUUUCAUGAGCUCACGCGAUUUACACACCCAUUGUGGAUACCAGGUAAUGCUUCCGGAAAGCAUAGCAAUCGUAUGCGCGCCGAGUAAGAUGCCAGACUGGGGUGUGUUCCGAUUGACUGACCCCCCGGGAUUGAAGACGGUGCUCAAUUGCACGCAGCCGGGCUUGUUCCAUCCUCAUGGAGAGGCCAAUAUUUAUACUGACGCUCUUCGCCCCGGGCAUGUAUUCGAAGCCAAGGGCUUGGAGUUCGAGACCGUCGAUCUACGUCCCAAUGGGUCCAACUUUUAA